AGUAGUAUAAUCUCUCCAUAGACUACAGAAGCUUCCUUUUACUCUCUCUUCUUUUUCUUCUUCUUUCUUUUUCUUUUCUUUUUUUUGUUUGCGUGUGUUGGGUAAUGGAAGCAGAGUACUAGUAGCAUGUGGUAUAGUAGUGGGUAGCAGAGGAUAAUGUUUGCAGUGCAAUCUGCCAAAAGCCCAGUUACUGGUUUCCACUUUCCACUGCUUGCUUGUGAAAUCUGGGAUUCCUUUGCCUCUCAAAUCCCACCUUUCAAAAUCUAUCAAUUUCCUGAUUUGUGAACCCCACUUGGUUGAAAUAUCACACAUCCCCACUCUUCACUUGCUCAUAUCCUCUAACCGAAAGUUAUCAACCUCCAUGCCACACCCACUGUAAUUUAUUCAUUAAAAAACAAGAAAGUAAACUUUAUCUUUUGAAAAUUUUACUCCUUUAAAAACCCUUCUUGUUGUUGGAAUAGAGAUUGUUGAAGUGUUGGUGCUUUUGCAUCUGGCAGACAGGGAAGCACUAUUGUCAUAUUCUUUGAGAGCAGGAAAUCUUGAACCACUUCAAGGAUGCAAAUCCGAUUCAGUAGUGUCAAUAUAGCAUAAGAGAAGAAGAUCUGCAGAAGGUCUCUGCAAAAAAGAUGCAAGCUCUGCAGAAACCAGUUUCUUUCAUCAUCUAUGCAAGCCUCCUCCACCUUGUCUCCUCUUCUUCAGAGCAGGUUAAAAUCACAGGCAAUGACACAAGCAGCGAGAAUGGCAUUCCCCAGAUUAGUUCUAAACUGGUGUUUGAGAUUACACUUCAUGGAGUUCUCCUCUGGGCAUCAAUGGGGUUCUUGAUGCCUGUCGGAAUACUCAGCAUCAGAAUGUCAAACAGAGAAAAAUGCCGGAAAAGGCUCAAGAUUCUUUUCUAUCUUCAUUCUAUUUCACAGAUGCUUUCCGUACUUUUGGCUACAGCAGGAGCAGUGAUGUCUGUAAAAAACUUCAACAAUGCCUUCAAUAAUCAUCAUCAAAGAAUAGGGGUAGCACUCUAUGGCAUUGUUUGGUUGCAAGUCCUUAUUGGGUUGCUACGUCCACAAAGAGGAUCAAAAGCAAGAAGUAUAUGGUUUUUUUGGCACUGGAUGCUUGGAACUGCUGUAUCUCUCCUUGGAAUUAUCAAUAUCUACACAGGAUUACAAGCUUACCAUCAAAAGACAUACAAAAGCACAAGACCUUGGACUGCACUUUUCAUCAUUGAGGUAUCUUUGAUUGCCUUGUUUUACCUGUUGCAAGACAAGUGGGUUUAUAUGCAAAAACAGGGAGUGAUUUUGGGCGGUGAACCUGUAAGGCUCAUUCAUCUAGUGGCCACUACACAAGAUAAGCAGAAGGAAUCCACCAAUGAGUCUUGUUGAGAAACUCAGAAAGCAAGUGAUUUUGCUUAUACUAACAGAGACCUUAAUUUACACACUUAUUUUUGUUUUACAUGGACAUUACUAUAAAGUGUUGGGUUUGAAUCAAAUUAAACGGUUGGAUAUUGAUUGUGUUCAUAAUAUCUAAUAUAAGGAUUGCUUACAUUUU